AUGGCACUGCUCGAUACCGAUUGGCACUGGGGAAGGGAUUCUCCGUCUUUGCACUGCCAAUGUGAACAAACCGGGUGCGGGUUGACCCAAGGAUCCGAUCCCAGGGCGCUUGAACUCUCAGUCAACGUCGAUCCUCCGAAGAGGAAAGCAGUUGAAGUAGCAAACUACUUAAGUUGGAACUAUUCAAUUAUCCACCCAUUGGACCAGUGAUACAGAGAAAGACAUUUACGGGUGAACUGAAUUUCACAGCGGAAUUAACGAGAAGUGGAAGAAGUGCUGAAGCUGAAGAUAUUUGCACUGCGGAAUAGCAUUUUCUGAAAGUGUGGGACUCUUUGUUCUAAACCUUGCAGCAAGCGUGCAUUUAGAGAAGUGAUUUUUAUGUGAUUUUUUUUGUGUUUGAUAAGUUUAAUCUAGCUGUGCUACUGAAAACGAAAGUUUGUGGAUAAGCUUUGAUAUAAACGAAGAAUAUAAAACUGCAUACAACAAGUCGCCGGUGGAAAGGAUUCUGACGCGUUAUCCCAAUGCCGGCCGAAUGCGCGGCCAACCCUCUGCAGAGGGCACUUGCCGAUGCCAUCAUCCGGAUGGUUCCGAUGGAUGAACUCCGCAUCCUGCUGGCCUGCGGAGCCAAAGUCAACGAACAGGUCACUCAGGGCUUGCGUCCGCUGCACUAUGCCGUGUGGCAAAACAACGAGCCGGCCGUGAAUCUACUGCUGGUCAGAAACGCCGAUAUCAAUGCCAUCGAUGAGGUCGGGUACAGUGCUCUGCAUCUAGCCGCGGAACAUGGUUUUUACGAUUUGGCCAAGAUACUCCUGAAUGGAGGUUGCAAAGUAGACUACCGUGAACCUACCAGUGAUCCCUAUCCAAGGACUACUCUUUGCGAUGAACCGCUCCGACUGGCCUUGCGUAACCGCCACUACGACGUAGCGCGGCUUCUGCUGGAAAGAGGAGCUGACCCAAAUAAGCGUUACUUCUUUGGUUCGGAAAUAAACUUGGCCACGGAUAUUGAAAGCUUGGAGUUGUUGCUUCGCUUUGGGGCAAAUACUGAAGCACGGGACCGAUCUGGAAUCACACCACUGAUGAGAGCUGUUCGUACAAAUGGUAACAUUGAUGCCGUGCUUCUGUUGCUUCAGUACGGCGCAAAUGUAAACGCCAUGACCGACGCCAGAAACGACUAUCGUACUGUGUUGCAUUAUGCUGUUCUCUCAGGAAAUGCCUCUUUGGUUAACUUGCUAAUCAAGCAAGGAGCUCGGGUCGAUAUCCCUGCUCCACUUCCGGAACCAGAUAGACCCAGUCCUCUGGAUCUCGCAGUUUUACGUGGCGAUCCCACAUUGGUACGGAUACUGUUGGAAAACGGCGCCAAUGUAAACCGUUGCAGUCCUAUCAUAGGAUCUCCUCUGCAUGUGGCCUGCGCUGACAAUAUACCGCACAGAGUUGAAAUCAUGAAGAUGCUCUUAUCAUAUGGUGCCGACCCAAAUAUUCGCGUUGUGGGAGAUGUCGCAACUAAUGCCGUACUAAGACCACCGCUUGCCGAGCUGAUUGCUAGCAAUGAAGAUGUGAAACCCGAAGAACUUCGGUUGUUAAUGAAAUACGGAGCAAGAGUCAUCCUAAAGACCCAGUUUCGUGACCCCGAAGGAUUGCUCAACUGCCUGACCAACAUGGACCCUAAAUCGGACUCAUUCCGGAUAAUAUUGGAAGCGGCCGAGGAAUUCGAUCCCUGCAUGAUACGUCGCAACCAGCAGCUGAACGACGAUCAGCGAAUGCUUCUGCUGGAGCGAGCUACCAUCCCGAUGCCUCUCAAGUCCCGCCUGCGAGCUCACUUCCGAAGGCUGUUUGGCCGCAACCUGCCUGAAUUUGUACCAUCCCUGUUCAUCCCGAAGGAACUGCAGAGCUAUCUGCUGUACGAGCAUAGCUUUUGAAGUGGCUCGCCCUACGCCACCCCGAUGACAGUGUAUAACGUGGUACAAAUUAUUUGAUAAAACAUAUUUAAGCUAACAUUUGCAGAAGAUGAACCCCGAAAGACUUGCCUUACGAGAACGAAUGUAUUCCUUAAACUUUGAAUUGUGAAAGUGAAACGAAAAUUGAAGAAAAAUAAUCAUGAUAGACAUUUGAUAGGUUAGGAUUUGACACUGAAAACAAUCGACAAUACUGCCACUUUUCAGACAUGUGGAUCUCGCACUCAGCAUGGACCGUGGUCCUUCUUCCUGGUGAAAAUGUUCCACGUUUGUCAACCGUGAAAAGAUUACAGGUAGUGAAGCAGCCAUUAUGGGGCUGUUCGUCAUAUCGUCUUUAUCGGACGUAUGGUCAAUGUUAUUCUUAUGAAAACCCACACAGUGAACUUUAGACUUUGUAACCGAUUCGUGAUCAACUAAGUUAAAUUAUUUGGUAUAUUGGAAUAAAAUCGUAUUCUUUGAAUA